AUGGCUUAUUCUCGGACGGCCGUCGUGUUCGUGCUGCUGCUGCAUGCGGCGUGCCUCUCAUCGCCUCAUCGCCUCGUGGCGGGCCACGUGUGGCCUUCCAGUGAAGCCUCCCGCCGCGAGAUGGCCGUCAAGGCGCCUGGUGAGCGUUCUGGUCCAGUCUCGUCUGAGCGUUCUAGUCAGUCGUAUGAGCGUUCUAAUCAGUCGUCUGAGCAUUCUAAUCUGUCGUCUGAGCGUUCUAAUCAGUCGUCUGAGCGUUCUAAUCAGUCGUCUGAGUGUUUUAAUCAGUCUGACGUUGUCUGCCCGACGGGAGCCUUCUGCGUGGUGGACAGCGCCGGCUUCCCCUUCUGCAAGUGCCUCCCCGGGCAGGGCAUAGUCAACGACGCGUGCUUGGAUGCCAUGAGCUGGAAGACGGUCGGCACGAGCGUGGUGCUCUACAACGCGCCCUCCUUCGCCAACUCGCCCGCCACCCUCGCGCCUGCCGUGCUGCGCGCGCCAGCACCCAACUCAUCAGCCUGUACUGUUGUCCCGAAGGGGUUCAACGGCACGGUGGGGUCGCUGCGCAUCAUGUGGAACGUGAAUGACGGCGCGAGUGACCACCUGGUGUGCGGCAAGGUGGUGUUCUGGGACAAGAAUGACUGCUCUGGCUCUUCGUUUGUGUACGAGAUUCCCGGCAAGUGGACUGCCGCCAAGGCCGACAACUUCAAAUACGCCACCACCAGCGUCAAGAAGGCAGCGGGCGUGGUGGCUGCGGGCAGGUCGUUCUCGUGCCUGGCGGCCGUGAAGCCGCCCGUCACGGACCUCUGUGCCACGGCGGCAUGCCCGCCCAACUCCAAGUGCAUCCUCACCAACAGCUCCUUCGCGCAGUGCGUGUGUGAUCCUGGACUGACCUUGCCUGAAUCUUCUCCUCUCCACCACUCCCCUGCGUCCAACAAUCCAAUCUCCUUGCCUUUCCCGCCAGGAGUCGUGCCUGACGUGGCAGACAUCGCCAUCAGCAUCUACAGCACCACCAGCUUCGGCACACAGAGUGGUCCGCCGUACGUCUUCCGCCUGAAGCCCAACAAGUGUGUCACCAUCCCUGCCGCCGUGGUUGCCAGCAGCAAGUCGGUGGGCAUUCUGUUCCUCUAUCUCUAUCCCUCUCCUCUUUCCUCCCUCUCCUCCUCCCUCUCCUCCCUCUCCUCCCUCUCCUCCCUCUCCUCCCUCUCCUCCCUCUCCUCCCUCUCCUCCCGCUCUCCCCUCUCCUCCCUCUCCUCCCUCUCCUCCCUCUCUGUCAAAUGUUAUAGCCUCUAG